AUGGAUAUCUAUACCGCCGCUUCUAGAGGGUACAUUGCGAUCGUGCGACUUCUUCUCGAGCGAGGUGCGGAUGUCAACGCUCAAGGCAGCAACAGCGAGACUGCUCUCUAUGCUGCUACUGUAGAAGGAAACACAGAGAUCUUACAACUUCUUCUCGACCGAGGCGCGGACGUUAACGCCCAAGGUAGCUACAACGAGACUGCCCUCUAUGCCGCCGCUUCUAGAGGGUACAUUGAGAUUGUGCGACUUCUUCUCGAUCGAGGUGCGGAUGUCAACGCUCAAGGCAGCAACAGCGAGACUGCUCUCUAUGCUGCUACUGUAGAAGGAAACACAGAGAUCUUACAACUUCUUCUCGACCGAGGCGCGGACGUUAAUGCCCAAGGCUUUAGGAAUAAAAACAUAAUCCAAAGUCUUUUAGGCCGAGAUGCUGUUUUCCAAGCUCAAGGCAAGGAUAAAGAGACUGCUCUCUAUGCUGCAGCUUCUAGAGGGAAUAAAGAGAUCGUGCGACUUCUUCUCGAGCGAGGCGCUGACGUCAAUGCCCAAGCCGGCAAUAAAAAAACUGCUCUAUAUGCGGCGGCUUCUAGAGGUCACAUAGAGAUCGUGCGACUUCUUCUCGAGCGAGGCGCUGGGGUUAACGCUCAAGAGGACAAUAAAGAAAUUGCUCUAUAUGCCGCCUCUUCUAGAGGGCACAUUGAGAUUGUGCGACUUCUUCUCGAGCAAGGCGCUGACGUCAACGCUCAAGGUGGCUAUAACGAGACUGCCCUCUAUGCCGCCGCUUCUGGAGAGUACAUAGAGAUUGUGCGACUUCUUCUCGAGCAAGGGGCUGAUAUCAAUGCCCUAUGCAGUAAUAACGAGACUGCUCUCUAUGCCGCCGCUUCUAGAGGACACACAGAGAUCGUGCGACUUCUUCUCGAGCGAGGCGCCGACGUCAAUACUCAAGCCGACAAUAAAGAAACUACUCUCUAUAGGGCGGCUUCUAGAGGUCACACAGAGAUCGUGCGACUUCUUCUCGAGCGAGGCGCUGACGUUAACGCUCAAGUCGACAAUAAAGAAACUACUCUAUAUGCCGCAGCUUCUGGAGGGCACGUUGAGAUCGUGCGACUUCUUCUCGAGCGAGGUGCGGAUGUUGAUGCCCAAGGCGUUAGGAAUAAAAGUCCUCUCUAUACCACCGCUUCUAGAUGGAAUACGAACAUUAUUCAACGUGAUUUAAAGCGAGGCGCGGUCUUCCAAGCUCAAGGCAAGGGCAAAGAAACUGCUCUCUAUACUGCGGCUUCUAGAGGGAACAAAGAGAUCGUGCGACUUCUUCUCGAGCGAGGCGCUGACGUCAACGCUCAAGCCGACAAUAAAGAAACUGCUCUAUAUGCGGCGGCUUCUAGAGGUCACACAGAGAUCGUGCGACUUCUUCUCGAGCGAGGUGCGGAUGUCAACGCUCAAGGUGGCAGCAGCGAGACUGCUCUUUAUACUGCUACUUUAGAAAGAAAUACAGAGAUCGUACGGCUUCUUCUCGAGCGAGGCGCUGACGUCAACGCUCAAGCUAACAAUAAAGAGACUGCUCUCUAUGCGGCGGCUUCUAGAGGACACACAGAGAUCGUGCGACUUCUUCUCGAGCGAGGCGCCGACGUCAAUACUCAAGCCGACAAUAAAGAAACUACUCUCUAUAGGGCGGCUUCUAGAGGUCACACAGAGAUCGUGCGACUUCUUCUCGAGCGAGGCGCCGACGUCAAUGCUCAAACCGACAAUAAAGACACUGCUCUAUAUGCCGCGGCUUUUAGAGGGAAUAAAGAGAUCGUACGGCUUCUUCUCGAGCGAGGCGCUGACGUCAACGCUCAAGCUAACAAUAAAGAAACUGCUCUAUAUGUCGCGGCUUCUAGAGGGAAAAAAGAGAUUGUCCGACUUCUUCUCGAGCGAGGGGCUGACGUCAACGCUCAAGCCGACAAUAAAGAGACUGCUCUCUAUGCCGUGGCUUUUAGAGGGAACAAAGACAUCGUGCGACUUCUUCUCGAGCAAGGGGCUGAUAUCAAUGCCCUAUGCAGUAAUAACGAGACUGCUCUCUAUGUUGCCGCUUCUAAAGGACACAUUGAGAUCGUACGACUUCUUCUCGAGCGAGGGGCUGACGUCAAUGCUCAAACCGACAAUAAAGAAACUGCUCUAUAUGCCGCGGCUUUUAGAGGGAAUAAAGAGAUCGUACGGCUUCUUCUCGAGCGAGGCGCUGACGUCAACGCUCAAGCUAACAAUAAAGAAACUGCUCUAUAUGUCGCGGCUUCUAGAGGGAAAAAAGAGAUUGUCCGACUUCUUCUCGAGCGAGGGGCUGACGUCAACGCUCAAGCCGAUAAUAAAGAGACUGCUCUCUAUGCCGUGGCUUUUAGAGGGAACAAAGACAUCGUGCGACUUCUUCUCGAGCAAGGGGCUGAUAUCAAUGCCCUAUGCAGUAAUAACGAGACUGCUCUCUAUGUUGCCGCUUCUAAAGGACACAUUGAGAUCGUACGACUUCUUCUCGAGCGAGGGGCUGACUUCAACGCUCAAGCCGACAAUAGCAAUAAAAAGACUGCUCUCUAUGCCGCAGCUUUUGGAGGGAACAAAGAGAUUGUCCGACUUCUUCUCGAGCGAGGCGCUGAGGUUAACGCUCAAGAGGACAAUAAAGGAACUGCUCUAUAUGCCGCGGCUUUUAGAGGGAAUAAAGAGAUCGUCCGACUUCUUCUCGAGCGAGGCGCUGAGGUCAAUGCUCAAACCGACAAUAAAGAAACUGCUCUAUAUGUCGCGGCUUCUAGAGGGAAUAAAGAGAUUGUCCGACUUCUUCUCGAGCGAGGGGCUGACGUCAACGCUCAAGCCGACAAUGAACAGACUGCUCUCUAUGCCGCAGUUUUUGGAGGGAACGAAGAGAUCGUACGGCUUUUUCUUGAGCGAGGCGCUGAGGUCAAUGCUCAAACCGACAAUAAAGAAACUGCUCUAUAUGUCGCGGCUUCUAGAGGGAACAAAGAGAUUGUCCGACUUCUUCUCGAGCGAGGGGCUGACGUCAACGCUCAAGCCGACAAUAGCAAUGAAAAGACUGCUCUCUAUGCCGCAGCUUUUGGAGGGAACAAAGAGAUUGUCCGACUUCUUCUCGAGCGAGGCGCUGAGGUUAACGCUCAAGAGGACAAUAAAGGAACUGCUCUAUGUGCCGCCUCUUCUAGAGGGCACAUUGAGAUUGUGCGACUUCUUCUCGAGCAAGGCGCUGACGUUAACGCUCAAGGUGGCUAUAACGAGACUGCCCUCUAUGCCGCCGCUUCUGGAGAGUACAUAGAGAUUGUGCGACUUCUUCUCGAGCAAGGUGCGGAUGUUAACGCUCAAGGCAUGGACAAUGAAACUGCUCUCCAUAUUGCCGCUUUAAGAGGAUACACAGAGAUUGUACGACAUCUUCUCGAGCACGGUGCUAACGUCAACGCCCAAAGCGAUAAGUAUAGAACUACUCUUCAUGCCGCCGCUUUAAGAGGACAUCUAGAGAUCGUACAGAUACUUCUUAAUAGUGGCGCAGACUUAAAUGCCCGAGGCGGCCAUUAUGGAAGCGUUCUCCAUGCCGCCGCUUUGAACGGGCAUGAAAAGGUUCUACAGGCUCUUCUUAAGUCUGGUACGAACGUUAACACUCAGGACCAUCGGUACAGAACCUCCCUUCAUGCUGCUACAUUUGGAGGGCAUACUAAGACUGUGCGACUUCUUCUCGAGCGAGGCGCCGACGUCAACGCUCAAGCCGACAAUAAAGAAACUGCUCUAUAUGCCGCGGCUUCUAGAGGGAACAAAGACAUCGUGCAACUUCUUCUCGAGCAAGGGGCUGAUAUCAAUGCCCUAUGCAGUAAUAACGAGACUGCUCUCUAUGCCGCCGCUUCUAGAGGACAUAUUGAGAUCGUGCGACUUCUUCUCGAGCGAGGCGCCGACGUCAAUGCUCAAGCCGACAAUAAAGAAACUGCUCUCUAUACUGCCGCUUCUGGAGGGCACAUUGAGAUCGUGCGACUUCUUCUCAAGCAAGGCGCUGACGUCAACGCCCUAGGCGGCAACAACGAGACUGUCCUCCAUGCCGCCGCGUUUAGAGGGAACAAGGGGAUCGUGCGACUUCUCCUUAAGCGAGGCGCUAACAUCAACGCUCAAGACGGCAACAACGAGACUCCUCUCCACCUUGCCGCCUUGAGUGGACACUCAGAGAUUGCACAGAUACUUCUGAAGAAACAAGGAUACAAUGCCCUGAUCACUGAGAACUCUCUUAAAGGCUUCUUAAAAAGUUCGAACGCGGUUCAGUUGAUGAAUACUAUUCUCGCGCACCAGGCAGACAAGCUCAAUAUCACAGGCGAAGUCCUGAUGGCAGCCGCCCAAAAUAAGAGCGGAGUCGAAUUAAUUGGCCUUCUUCUAGAGAGCAGUGUCAAGAUCCCGGAGGGAUGUAUCUGGGUACGGGAACUUCUGAAAGCAGGUUAUAGUUAUCAGGAAGUUAUUGAUCUUCUUUUGGAAGACAAGGGUGAUUCGCCUUGGAUUUUCUUCGAGCCAACCUACUUGCCUCUCAAUGAAAUCCAGCCUGAUCAACAUCUUCCGGGAUGUUGUCACUACGCUACAUCCCGUGACUCGCGUCAAGCACAGAUCUCAGAUGCCAUUCUGAGUCAUUCAAAGAGUUUUGACGAUCAAGAAAUAAUCCACAAGGUUCAAGAGCACUGUGGUCUGGCUGGAGUACGGCCCACAUCGCGAAUGUUGACUGACUGGGUCGGAUGCAUUGAUUUCAAUGACAAUGGCCAAGAACUUUCGGUGUCAUAUGUGCUGCCCACUGAUGAACACAAUUUGACCAGCACUGAAACAAUCUGGUCUCGCAUCUCUCGAGCUCUAGAAGGGCUCUAUCAAGCCGCUGCUCUGAUACAGAAAAUCGGCCUUUGCUGCAAUUCUUUCACAGUUCUCAAAUCAGAAUCACGAGCUCACGAACCGGGAGUUUCAACUCGGGGCGAAAUCAUCGUGGUCUCAUUCAAGUCCAUUUGUAACCUCCUUGAUGAACUGAAAAAGGUCAUCAACGCAACCUCGGAGCGUAUCGAAAGAUUCAUAUGGAUCUAG